GACGUGAUAAAAUCAACUUGCGAGCUGACCAGGAACUAAGUUGAUGCGCAGUAGAUCCGCUAGAUUUGGUUGGAUGCUGGUGCCAGCUGCCAGACGCUGCAGCAAAUCGCAGCAGACCGCAGCUGGCAGCAAUAGCAGCAGGAGCAGCACAACUCUAUUCAUUACGUACAUCGCGCGCAAUCAUAUAUUUCCGCUCGUCAGGAAACAGGAUCCCUCGCUCCGAUCUAACCUCGCGCUGGCUAAACGCGCGAAGCCCCGUAACGAGCACAAGCCCGAGACCCUGCCCGGUGUGCGCGACGAUGCGUCCGGACUCGCCUGGGACCCCAGCGGGGCGUGGUGGCUGGUCGCUGACCACCCCCUGUCUGCCGUCAAGUACGACCUCAACUUUUCUCGUGUACUACAGGCUGUAUCACUGACCGGCGUGCUCGACCCUGAAGGGCGGCCCGCCGGCAUGGCGCGAAUUAAGCUGGCGGGUCUGGUGCGAUACCCCAACAAGGGCAUCGAAGGUAUUGCGUACGACACGACGAGCAGUGAUUUCUUCAUUGCGCAGGAAGACUUCCCCCAGGCGGUCUACCGGUUGUCGCCGGACGGCUCGUUCGAGGGAAGAAGCAAGAGGAUUGAGAGUCAAAAUGGUCAAAUCGGGCAGAGUGAUGUCAUGGAAUGGAGAUGUGGGACUUACGGCCGCCAUGAGGGGAUGGCGGCCAUGUGCGAGCGGCUUGAGGGCGUGGUUGAGGGUGUUGCACUCAGCGGCGACGGGCGCCUCCUGGCAGUGGCGAGUGAGCCCAACACCUUCAGCCUGUACUCCGCGGGGUCCUGCGGGUGA